AUGCCGAAUCCAAACGACAACCUCGCCAUAGGCGGGGAAGCCAACAUGCGCAGCACGCUCAAGCGCAGCCGUGGGCCAGAGUCUCCUACAUGUACGAAAAGCUCCAACAUUCAAUCAUCAAAACGAAACCGAGCGAUCGAUACGCCCGAUGCCGAGCCCGGGAUUGCCGCGGAGGAGUUUACGGUCGGCUGGGUGUGCGCCCUUCCGCUGGAAAUGGCCGCUGCGAAAGGGAUGCUCGAUCAAUCAUACUCGGACCUUCAACAACAGGAUCCAGCCGAUCAUAACAGCUAUAUGUUAGGUCGGAUUGGGGGCCACCAUAUCGUUAUCGCAUGCCUUCCAACGGGUGUUUACGGAACCACACCAGCUGCUACUGUUGCUAAGGAUCUAUUGCGAACUUUCAAGUCGGUCCGGUUCGGGUUGAUGGUUGGUAUUGGAGGCGGUGCACCAUCAUCAUUAAACGAUAUUCGACUGGGCGAUGUCGUGGUCAGCAAGCCCUCUGGGACUCAUGGAGGUCUCAUCCAGUACGAUCGGGGGAAAACUGUACAAGAAGGGGAGUUUCAACGCACAGGAUCCCUCAACAUGCCACCCCAGCUCCUCCUAACCGCACUGAGUCGUCUUCAGGCCGAACACCUCAGCAAAGAAAGCCUUAUCCCUCAGUUUCUAUCAGAGCUCGUCGCCAAAAGCCCGAAAAGAAUGAAGAAGAAAUUCAGCUAUCAGGGAUCUUCCAACGAUUGCCUCUUCAAGCCAGAGUAUGAUCAUCCUGAUCGGGACUCUGGGGACGCUGUGGAUCCUGGUUGCAGCCAGUGUGAUACCGCGCAGAAGGUUCGGCGCGAAGCACGGGAUGACACGGAUCCAGUCAUUCACUACGGGAACAUAGCAUCUGGCAAUAAGGUUAUCAAGCAUGGAAAGACGCGUGAUCAGCUCAGUAAAGCACUUGGGACGUUGUGUUUUGAGAUGGAGGCAGCGGGACUUCAAGAUUUCCCGUGUCUCGUAAUCCGCGGUAUCUGCGACUAUGCGGACUCGCACAAGAACAAGAUGUGGCAAGAGUACGCAGCGGCAACAGCGGCGGCAUUUACAAAAGAGCUUCUGUCGUUUAUACCACCAGAACGGGUCCGGCAGGAACAGCCUGUACCACAACUAGUCUCUGUUGCGAAGGAACAACUACAGGUCACGACUCAGCAUCUCAACGUGUCAUCUGAGCAUCUCGUCGAGCAUAAACGUACCAACGAAUUGCUUGAGGACCGCCCGAUCGAACUUCGCGUUGUUCACGAAGCGUACUACGACAGUGCAAACGUCCGAGACAGUCCAAGAUGCGAGAUGGGCACUCGGACUCAAGUCAUGAAGAGGAUCACUCAAUGGGCAGAGAACGACUCCUCUGAAAUCACGUUCUGGCUUGUUGGUCCUGCAGGGACCGGCAAAUCCACCAUUGCGCGCAGCGUGGUGGACAGUCUCGCCAGCCAAAACCGACUAGUUGCCGGCUACUUCUUCAAGAGAGGAGAACAGGGACGCAACGACACAACUCGACUAUUUUCCACCCUAGCUAUGCAGCUAAUCGAGGCAAUCCCGCUUUUCAAAUGCUAUCUUCAGAAAUCGCUGGACAGCCUUGACAAAGACGCAAUAGAACAGAGGAGCCUCGAAUUCCAAUUUGACAAACUCCUCUGGAACCCUUUAGGGGCUCUGCCACCCGUCUCCACCAGUCAAGGCUCCAAAGUAAUUAUCAUCGACGCCCUAGACGAAUGCGAGCGACCUGAGCACUAUUCACGUGUUCUUGGACUAUUAUCAAGGCUUUGCGACAUUACUACGGUAAACUUGCGCAUCUUAAUCACAAGCAGGUCUUCUCCUAAGAUCAUUGACGCCAUAGAGCCGCUCGUCAUCAGCAAGGUUGUGUUAAGCCUUGAACUCCACCGCGAAUUUCCGGAAGAUACCAAGGAUGAUAUCCGCACUUUCUUAGAGGCGAGGUUUGCGGACAUCAAGAAAAAGCGUACGGUUCAACAAACCCCGUGGCCUGUUGCUGAUGAUUUGGAUCGCCUUGUCAAGCUGGCCACCAAUCCCGAACCACUAUUCAUCUACGCCGCAACUCUUUGCCGCUUCAUCUAUGAUGAACAACGCCCGAGGAACCCGAAGACACAGCUAAAGCUUUGGCUCAAGCAGUGUGAAGAAAACAAGUCUCAGCUUGAUCAGAUAUACGAUACCGUUCUCAGUCAAGCAUUUUCUAGUGCCUCUGAGAAUAUGCUUGUCUUCAUUGGAACCAUCACUUGCAAUGUAGCGGACGCCCCAUGGUCGACGAUGUCUGCACCUUUCUUCACGAGCACUUUCUACAUUGGCUGGAAGCUCUUUCCCUCCUGA